UGUAAACAACUGCUUGCGUCAUGUCUCCUCAUGACACAAACUUUAUUAAAAUUUUCUCGUAACUUUUUUAGACCCAGCCACAUCCCACCAUGAAGAAAUACUACAUCUCCUGCAAACGAGACAAAGACAAAAAAGGCGCAGAAGGCCAGGGACAGGGGCAGGCGGAGGAAAGUACGGUACCAUGUCUGGCACUAAUGGCAGUUGUCGCAGUCGUUACGCUCCUCCUCGGCUACUUUUUUUUUAAGGGUGACGAAGGUGGUGGCGGUGGUGGUGCGGGAGGCGGCGACGCUGGUGGUGGCGGUGCAUCGGCUGGACGAUCCGGGGGUGCAUCACCGGCCGAAGAACCUCCACCAGAGGAGCCCCCUCCCCCUGAACCGGAACCCGAACCAGCUCCCCCUGAGCCCGAACCGGCCCCCGCUGAGGCCGAAGCGCCGCCCGCAGAGCCCGAAGGCGAAAAUAACUAAAAUGUGGCAGAUUUUGAUGUUUUAGGCAUUCUAAUAAAUUUGGAGUGUGGUCGUUUUGUCGGUGUUGUUAAUUCGAAAAGUGUUGGAAGUGAGAUGAAAAAUGCUAUUAAAAAGAUAUUCUGAAGAUGUGGUAAAAAUGAAUAAUGAAGAAGACAACUUUUUUAAACUUGAAAUUACUCCAGGCGAUUU